AUGUCAUCCAAAGAUCAAGCCUGGUUUGAAUUUCUAGUUGAAUCACCGACAAAAUCAGUUAAAGAUGAAGCCUAUGAUCAUGACAUGAUCAACACGAUGUCUCCAUUAACUGAUGAUAUUGAUUAUAUGAUAAUCGAUUCUGAACUUAAUCCAAUACAUUCUCGAAAACAUCAUUCGGACGAAAAGGCUGCACUAGAUAUGUUAAUGAUGGCAGCCAUAGGGAAUCCACUAGCAAAUUUCGAUCAUCGUUCAACAUCUUCACCUAACCAAACAACAACUCAAAUUAAACAGCAACCGUUUAGUCCUCCACCUUUUCAUCAGUUGACGAAUAGCUUUUUCAAUCAUCACCAUCAUCAUCUUCAUCAACAGCAACGUUCGACCCCGUCGCCGGACCAUGAACGAAUCUCACCCCGGUCAAAUACUCACGCUGAAAGUUCUUCAACUCCUAAUCUGAGUGUGCCGCCAACACUUGGUGCAGGUCGGUAG